UGCUCAACUCGCAGCCUCGCAGCAAGUUUUAUUUUAGACAAGGAAGGAAGAGAGUAAUCACUCAAAGCUUGGAGAUUUAAUGGCAAACAACUAUCCAGCCAAUCACGGUGGUCGGAGAAAUGGAGCAGAGCACGUGGCUCAAAUUGCUGCAGAAUAUAAUCAACAGCUUGAUUCCUUGGUGGAGGCCUUGCUUCAACUCAUCCGGGAAAGGCAUGGCUUUGCAGGUCCUACCAACAUUAUCGAUGCACCUAUCAUUAUGCUUAUCUGUGUAGCGAUCAAGAUCGUCCGGCAGAAAUUACUCUCUGAGAUAGCAAGGCAAGAUAUGGACAUAAGGUUCCGACUUGCGUAUGCUCUGAUCGCUCUAACUCUUGGAUGUGUUGUGUGCAGUCUGUUGAUGCACAUUCUGCUUGAUGAAAUUCCUUGGCUGAUUGACUUUCCAUGGGUCCUACUGUUGGUAAUCUUAUUCGCAUUCAUCGCGAAUGAAAGGAUUAAUUAGCGAAUGGUGAUAGUUUCUGACUUUUUGAUGUGGUGAUGUGUAUUUUAUAUGAAUUUGGUUUUGCUUUGUCACCUCCCAACGCUGGCUUGGACAUGAA